UAGUUUUAUUUUCUAUUUAUUUGAACCUACUUGAAAAUGAAAAAGCUAUAUUUCUUAAGUAAUUACAGAAAUUUCUUCAAAAAUGCUUGGGCAACAAGAUGUUACAGUAAUUCUACUAAAAAUAAUGUCAAUGAAAUGGAAAAUAUUCGUAAUAUUGGUAUUUUAGCGCACAUUGAUGCAGGUAAAACAACGACAACAGAAAGAAUGCUGUUUUACUCAGGCACCAUCAGAUCUAUGGGAGAGGUGCAUCAUGGGAAUACCGUCACAGAUUACAUGGAACAAGAGAGGCAAAGGGGAAUCACAAUCACUUCUGCAGCAGUAACAAUCCCUUGGAGAGGAGGGCAGAUCAAUCUAAUAGAUACACCAGGACACAUAGACUUCACAAUGGAGGUCGAACAGAGUUUGGCUGUUCUCGAUGGUGCAGUUAUAGUUCUAGAUGGAUCUGCCGGUGUCGAAGCACAAACAUUAACAGUGUGGAGACAGGCCAGCGGGUACAGAGUACCUCGGAUACUUUACUUAAACAAGAUGGACAGGAAUGACGCAUUCGUGGAGGCUUGCGUGAACUCGGUCACAGAGAAACUGCAAGCCACGCCUCUGCUACUACACCACACCGUUAGGCACGAAGGACGACUCAUUGGACUAAUAGAUUUAAUAAACCUAGAAGAGAUAAUAUGGACUCAAGGACGAGGACAGAAGUUCACUCGAAGAAAACUGACGGAGAAAGACGACGGUCACAAAUGGGAGGCGGCCGUUACUGACCAUAGACAACUCGUGGACACUCUCUCCUCCAUAGACGAUGAGAUAGCAGAGACAAUCAUAAACAACGAGUCUUUGGAGUUGAGCGCACGCGACAUAGAGAAUGCGGUCAGAAGAUCUACUAUUAAAAUGAAAGCUUUUCCCAUUUUGUGUGGAAGUUCUUAUAAAAAUAUAGGGGUUCAAACCUUGAUGGACGGUGUCAUGUCAUAUCUUCCAAGUCCCCUGGAGGGACACGAGCUGUAUAAAUGUUUCGGUGAGGAGUUAGCGGGCAGGGCUUUCAAAGUGAUCCACGACGACCAGAGGGGAGUGCUGACCUUCGUGAGGAUGUACAGCGGCGAGAUGAAGAAGGCGCAGAAGAUCUACAACCUUGGACAGGACAGAAGCGAGCAGACAGGAGCGCUGUACGUGGCGUUGGCUGACGAGUACCGACCGGUGGAGUCGGUGGCCGCGGGCAACAUCGCCGUCGUGGGCUCGCUCAAGGCGACCAUGACGGGGGACCUGGUCACGUCCACACAAGCGGCGGCCAACAGGGCCCGGGGUCGGCUGGCGGCGUUGCUCCGCCUCCCCGGGCGGGUGGAGGAGCUGAUGCUGCCCAGCGCCAAGCAGAGGCUGCAGGCUCUCGACUCUGAACCAGAGCCUGAGGAACUUGCAGAAAUUCUGCUCGGCAUCGGCACCACCGUCCCCGAGCCCGUGUUCCUGUGCUCCAUCGAGCCCCCCAGCGCCAUGCACCAGGCGGCGCUGGAGACGGCGCUGGAGCAGCUGCAGCGGGAGGACCCGAGCCUUAGGGUCAACGCGGACGACGAAAGCGGACAGAUCGUAUUGGCCGGUAUGGGCGAGCUCCACCUGGAAAUCAUAAAGGAGCGCAUCAUCAGAGAGUACAAGAUAGACGUGGAGCUGGGCCCGCUGCAGAUAGCGUACCGGGAGGCGCUGGUCUCUUCCGGCAAGAACACGCUCACUGUGGACAGGAAGAUCGGCGGCGCCAGACAGCAGCUCAAGGUCACCAUGUCCGCCAAGACCGUCAAGGGAGUCGCUCAGGAUAAGAUCCUCAGACUAGAUAAGACGGCUGAGAGCGCGUCGAACCUCGCGCAUCUACACCCGCGGCAGCUGCAGGCCGUGCGGCAGGGGGUCGCCGCCGCGCUGCUGCACGGGCCCAAGCUCGGCUGUCCGGUGGUGGACGUGCAGGUGACGCUGCACUGGUUCGAGUCCGGGCGCGGCACCUCCGACUCCGUGGUGACGGCGUCCGUUGCACAGUGCUUGAGAAAGGUGUUCGAAGAGGCGGACUCGAUCCUCCUGGAGCCGGUGAUGUCACUGGAGGUGGUGUGUCCCGAGACGCACUCCCAGAGGGUGCUGGCCGACCUCUCGCGGCGGAGGGUCGAGGUGCAGCACAUCCAGCUGCGACAACACAACAAGGUGAUAGAGUGCAUAGCUCCGCUGUCGGAGGUGGUGGGCUACUCGUCGACGCUGCGCUCGCUGAGCUCGGGGCUGGCCACCUUCUCCAUGCAGUUCCACUCGCACCGCCAGAUGGCGCCGCAACACGAGCAGCUCGCCGUCAAGAACGUCACCGGAUUCUAGACCUCGCGCUGCUAUCCACUGUGAGCUUAGUGAGAGCUUUUUAACGGUCUCGAUAACGUAAAAGUUAACUCAAAUUUGUAUGGAGUUGUAACGUUUGCCUACAUCUGCCGCUAGAGGGCGCUGUUCCAACUGCAUACAAAUUUGAGUUAAC